AAUGCGUCAUGUUUUGUUACCACUUUUACUUCUCUGCUGAUCGCGAAGUGAAAAGUUGUGAGUGAUUAAUUUUAAUUCUAUCCAAUUCGUGGAAGAGUAUUUAAAUUCUACUGAUGAAGUAGCUUCUUUCUUACACGUUUAAUGCAUUGAGAAAACAUUCGUGCGACCAUUGCAAAAUUAAUUCCUUUGUUCCGUUCUCUCCCACCAUGAAGGACCACAAGUGCAAUACUCCAUUAUCUCUCUGCUUCGUUUAGUUACGAUUUACGAGUUCAAGUUUCUUAUCGCAAGUUUCCUGUUAUGUCUACGGAUAGCCACAAAACUUUUUCCUUAUCUAUCAUUUAAAACUUCACAGCUAGCUGUAUUCCCAGCCCUCGCUGAAGUCCGAAUCAGAAGUCUGUUUUCAUGAUAAGGACGUGAUCAAAAUUUUGACCCAAUUAUGCAAAUUCUUUGUGCCAUUUGUUGUGAGGUAUUCACAAACGAUAAUUUAAAACAAGUUUGCUCCUGUCCAUGCGGACACAUAUUCCAUUCAGGCUGUAUUAAUCAGUGGUUUGAACGGGAGAAAACAUGUCCCGAGUGCCGGCAAGAAGUCAAAGACAAGAAUCUAAUACACCUAUUCUUCAAUGUAGAAGUUAUCAGCGGUGAUUCUGAAGACACCAUCGAAUCCCUGAAGAUCAAACUUGACGACUUGAAUUGCCAAUUGUAUUCUAAAGAAGCUGAUGUGAAAUUUUUAAAGCAUGACAAUGAGAGUUUGUCGGAGCAGAUACAGAAAUUAUCGUCUCGUCUGAAGGAGAUACAGAACAGCCAUCAAAUAACAGUAUCAACACUGGAAAACCGGACACAGUGUCUAAAUGCUGUCAAAAGGAGGAUUGAAGAGCUGGAUGAAACGCACAAACGUCUCAAAACUGAAGAGCAGGAAAUAAUCAGAGUUCAAAAAAGGGAAAUUGACGAACUAACCAGGAUCAAUGAACUUCUCCGUCAAAAAUUGAAUGCGGAUUACCAAAACCUCGAUGAUUCAGAGUUACCUCCUUUCAACCGCGGUGAUUUUGAUGCACCUGGCAGCUCGAGUUUCGGUCUUAAACCACACCACAAGUUUUACAGGAACAUGGGUGAUGAAGAAACAGGCGGCUAUCCCUUCUCCUCCCUUGCCUUUCCCUACAAGCACCAAGACCCUCUCGGUGGUGCUCAGCCGAUCUCAUUAGUCAAAAAGCAGCCAUAUCACGGCCAUCCAUCUCGCUCACAUUCCGACCAGCCCAUCCCAGCGCACCAUCAUCCCUCAUCUUACCUCCCUCACUCAUCCAAAUCCCAGUUCCACUCCCAUCCCAAAAUCUCACACCUGCCUCCGCACGGCCGCGCUCGCUCUUUUGACUCGCCUCAUCUGUACCCUGGUCAACUAGAUCUGCCGUCCAGCUCAAAGAAUGUUCCUAAAUCAGACCUGCCCUUCUACGGCUUCCCAUCUUCGUCGUCUUCGCAAUGUCCACCCUGGCUUGCUCCGAUGCCGCAGUCAGGAUUUUUGAACUCGUCGGAGGGCUUUGUGCCUCCGCUCUCACAGCGCUACUCCUCAUCGUAUCAGUACCCUAAGGAACAAGACGACAUUGUUCCGUUCCCUUCAUCCUGGGUGUUAGUAAAACAGUAGCCGGUUAAAGCGAAAUGCUUUUAAAGAAGGAGUAGUAUCAUAUUUAGUAGGAGGCACAGUAGGCAGUUAGGACGGAGAAGCAACUAAUCUAGCGGAGAAAACUUGAUUUGUUGUUGUUAGUACUAAAGCUUCCUCAAAGGUAAUUAUUGGGUUCUCCUUGAAAGAAUUAAAAUGUUUCGUUUGAAUUUAUGCUGAUAUCUUAACGAGUUCAGUCUGUUUCGUUGAAACUCCUGAAAAUCAAGAGAGCGGUCUUCAUCUGGAUGAUAGCACUAAUAUGGAAUUGUAUUGUGUGCUCAUCAUGACUAAACAGGUUGCUCUGCUUUCUCAUGAUUGAGGUCCUGAAUGCAAAAAAAAGAGAGUGGAAAAAAAACGCAAUCCCCCAAUAAAUGCGUUUGCACUUUUCAAACCUCUCUUUGAGGAGUCACAUUCUGGUGAUUGUGUAUACCUAACAUUAGGCUCGGACCGUUUUCUUGAAAUCUCAGUAUCAAUCUGCUGAGACUAAAAAUUAUUUUUUCAGCUCCACUCACAUGUUUAACUUACUUACAUGUUUAAAAGACUUCAGCUGGUCCAAAAAAAAAAGCCUAUUUAACAUAUUUCUGUAGGAUCCUAAAAGUAAAUCUCCCAGGUCUACUUGCGCACUAAGCGGGUGCAUUCUUUGUAGCAUCUUUUCUUAAAGUAAUUAAUCAGCGAGAGAGGUAUUUCUUCGCUGUUUAUUUCAGCUGCUCUGUUCUUUUAAUCAGGUUUAAGAAGCAAUAAUUUUUUUUGUGUAAUGAAAGAGAUGCAAAUACAUUUUUCAGUUCAUUUCUUAUGAGUCAGGAUCUUUUUUUUUUUUGCAUAGGUAUUUUCUUAAUGAAUAUUUCAACGUUCAAAAAUAUUAUUUAGGAACAAAUUAUUUCUACUUGUUAGAGAAAUUUUGUGUCUUGAAGUCUAUAUUUGGUAAAAAGUUUAUUUUUAAAGUCUAUACUUAGUGUGAUUUAUGUACUGGCACUUCGUAAUACCUAGCAUUCAUGUACAAUUCAAACGAGAACAUUAGUUGUAAAUUCAAGUUCAAGCCUUCUAAAUUUUACGAAAUCAAGGAAAAUAAAAACUACAAUUACAUGGAUUUUUGAAUAGCACUGAGCAAGAGAGAGAAUGGAUCAAAUGUUGUAAAGACAUGAUUGUCACAACUUCCCAAUGCAAACAAGGCUCCUUCAUACAAAUUGACCAGAGCUUAUUCUAACUGUAUCUUACACUUCAAUUCAUUUGUCUUUUGUUUUUGAUUUUUUGUAUCAGUCUUUCUGGUUUUGAACAGAUACUGAAAAAAUAUUGAAGUACUUAGAUUUUUAUUUUACUGGUUUAAUAUGUGGGAAUGUUGAAGUGACAGUGGCCAGCAGCACUAAUAAGACGUGUAGGCAGUAAAAAGGUCAUACAGGUUUGAUAGCUUUAAGCUCAGGUGUAACAUGUAACUGUUUGGCUUUUACAUACACAAAAAUCGACGUGCAUGCUGUCAUGGACAGUAGAUCGGCCUUUCAAAAAUCUUUUUUCGGAAAUUUUUUCUGUUUGGCCAAGUUGAUCAACAUGGUGUUCGAACAUUGGUUUCAAUGUCUCUUGCAUAUUUCGGUUUUUGUCCUUUCCGAGUGGUUUAUGUUUUGCCUCUUUAAUUCAUUCUUAUUUUCCACCUGAGUAAAACUUGAAGGAAUUUUGGCUUAGUUUUCAUCUCAAGAAUGAUAGUUACACUUCCUAAGGAUCCUUUCCAAGCAUCAAAAUCAUGUCUUCUUGUAGAAACUGCUCUUGUUCACACAUUUUCAUCAGAAAAACUGAUAUCUCUGAUUGAUAGCAAUUAUGACCUAGUAAAGUCCAGAAAAAUUGUGAGCUCUUCUUUGGCUAGCUUUAUCCCAGUUUAAUUGUCUUGUUGUCUGUAAUGAUUCCAUUUCAUCUUCAACAAUUUUCAAAUCAAUGAAAUUGUCAGGUAUUUUGGUUUUUUCAUGAAAAAUACACUCGGAACAACUGUCGGAUUCUCUGCAGAAAUGUUAUAGCACUGACCCAUUACACUUCAUACGGCUGUUCAGUAUUUAAGAGCGCAAGGUCACUGUCUGUUUGAAAGGUAUCGCAUUAACAAGGGAACUCCCUAUGAUAAUCAAGGCUCCAACAGAUGCACACUCAUCAGAGCCUUAUCUUAUAAGUACUAGUGCUCGUCUCAAGGUUUUGAUCUAGAAAACAUUUCUGUAUUAAGUUCACUACCUACUUUAUUGUUCUGUAAAAAUAUUUGUUAGAAUUAAAAAAAAAAAAAAAAUUGUAUUUUAAUCAAAACCAGGAAGUGAGGACCUCUUGAUUUGGAACCCAGUAAUUUAGUACUGUCUCUGUACCACUGUAGUCCUCAGAAAUGACUUUUUUUUGCUUAUUGCAGAGCAGUUAUGUCAUUCACUAUGAACUUAAGCGAGAGGUGAUCUUAAUAAACUUUAUGCACCUCAUCUGGUGAAAGGAGCAAUUGUACAGAAAUUGAAACGCUUAAUUUAAUUUAUUUUAAAUCUCUCGUGAAAGUAUUGUGUGAUCAUUUUCGAUAUUGUUUCCCCCAUAUUUUUGUACCUGUUAAAUUUUCUUGUUAGCUGUAGGGCAAGAGUCUACUUUUUCAUUUUGUACAUAAUCAUUUUCGUCGUUAGCACCUAUUGUUUAUUAAACUUUAAUAAUGUAUCUAAUUUAAUUUCUCCCAUCCGCUCGUUCAUGCGGUUUUUAUCACACAGGAUUUAAGUUUGAUUUUUAUUCAUUUUAUGUACGUAUCUGUUUUUCACCUUCGCUAUUCUCUUCUAUCUGCUAAUCCGUACUUUUGUCACCAGAGAUACACAGUGAGAAACCUCUCUGCUCUUUAUAUUCUUUUCACUGAAAUAACAAUGUAAUUAUGGUGUGUCUUUCAGAGGUUAUUGUUUAUCAUUCUACUGAUAGAUUCAGAAUUUAUAAUUUUGUUGUUUCGCUGAUGUUUUAUUUUUAUUCAAAUCAUGCUGUUUCAAUCCCUAACUUAUUACACCCACUGGUGCAUCUAGGUUAGUUUUAGCUGGUUGUAUUUUGUGACAAGAAUUUUGUUGGGAACUUCUAAAGUCUAAAAUUUUGUGUAUUCAGUAUGGUGAGCCGUGGGCUUUAUAGUCUGCCAGGCAUCCCACCACAUUCAUGUUUUUCCUGAUGUUGUUUGUUAAAUAAUUGGGUGAAUGUAGGGAUUAUUUCCCGCUUUUCAAUUUGAAAUCAUUUCAAUCUUUGAAGAUUUUGGCUUCAAUUUUUAGUCUUUAAAAUUUAUAACUGUACCCAGUAAAGAUAAGCUUUCAAAAACAUCAGCAAAAUUUUUGGUUUCAUUUUCGAGACCAAGUAAAGAUGUGAUCAGUGCAAGUAAAAAUUAACUUUCCUCUCAGUAAAAGAAGAGCAAUCAUGUAAAAUCUUUGCUUUUGGAUUUUUGGCUCCAGUUUUUUCAAAGUUCUACGGGGACUAGAUUAAGAUUUGAUCAGCACAGGUAGAAGUCAACUUUUUUUUCGGUGGAAGAAGAGCUGUCAUGUACAUAAUUAUAUCUUUACUUUUGGGUUCUUUGGCGUCGGAUUUUAAAACUUUCUGUAGAGAAAAUAUGUUCUUUUCUUGGAUUUGUUUUCUUACUCAGAGGUUCUAGCAAUAUCACAAAUUACAGCAGUUUUGAUACUUAUCAAAUUAAUGCCUGUAUUCACCUCAUAGGAACAGAUGCAAACCCACAACUUUAGAUUUCUAUCUUUUGUCAACUACUUGUUGAAGUUGCUGAAGAGCAGUUAGUUUUAAACAGAAUCAUUCAAUUUUUUAUCAUUUAACAGUUACCCAAUUACUUUGUUGAAUUAUCUGUCUGUCAGCUUCCGUUAGUAGUGAUGUAUCUGAGGUGCUGCUCAGUUGAAUAAGUUUUUAUCAGUGGCGUGGUGUACUUCAUGAUAUAUCGAUUAAUCUGCAAUUUAAACCUAUGAAAAAGGAUCGAUAAACAGGGUGCUUGUAGCGAACACCUUAAUAAUCGAUUCUUUACCACAGUUUAAAAUGGGGAAUAAUCGAUAAUCGAUCAUUCACACCGCGCCCCUGAUUUUUAUCUGUGGAUUGUAUAUUUAAGUAUACGUUACUUUGUGUCUGUAUUUCUCGGCAAUUCUCGCUCUUUUAUUUUAAAUGAGUACUGUAAUUUUAAAACUCGUCUCUCGAUUUAACGUUUUCUUUUUGUAGCUGUAUUUGAUUUAUUUUUGUAUGUAUUUGUUUUUUCUCAGACCAUUACCUAGCAAAGUGUGUUUACUUUCCUAAAGCCAUUGUAGCAAAACAGUAGAAAUCCACUAAUGUUAGUAGAAAAACAAUCAUCUUGACUUGCAACGAAGUAAAUCUCCUGUCUCAGCAAGAAAACCAAUCACUUUUAUCACAUUCAAAUUGAACCGAUGUUUCUCUUAAAGGCUCAAGAACCAAAAUCUAAGUUUCGAGUAACACAGAAAAAACUGUGCCAUUCAGCAUGCGUUUAAUUUUUUUAGCCCAAAGAAUUAAUGUGUCUGAAUAAUACCUACCAGAACUGGGCUCAAAGAUUGAAUGCAUGCCGAAUCGCACACUUUUUUCCAUUUUUCUCGAAACUUGGAUUUUAUGCACUAACCAUCUUAAGAAAAAUAUAGGCUCAAUUAUGAUUUGGUUCAAAGCCUAUCAAGAUUGUUUUUCCAAGGGUACUUUUAUUUGUAAGCUGUAUGUCUUGCCAAUGGAAUGAUGAAGUAGAGAAAAUUUUGAAUGCAUCAAACAAAGUAGGUACAUGCAUCCCUACUUUCACCAUUAAUAUUCACUUGAUGUAAGAGCUCACUAUCAUUUGAACCCAAGAACAUCUUUGCUCAUUCCUGAAAUUGGUCUAGAUAUUCCUUUAAAAUACAGGCAGAAUCCAAGGUAAAUGAGAUGAAGGUAUGCCCUUCCCCUAUUUGAGCACCCAAAACCGACAAAACUCUCAGUUCCGUCGGUCUCGUUUCGGGUGGAAAGUUAGGCCCAGGCAGAAGGAUGGACCUAUACGAAUCGAAUAUUACAUUAUUGAACCCUGUUUCAAACUUCUCGCCUAGAUUGAUAAAAGAUCUAUGUCACCAAGCUUUUUGUUGAUCUUGGAUGGUCUGUAUCCAGAAGCGAUUUUGCAAGGUGGAAACGUUGUUUUUACUCCAUUUAAAUCCGUUAAAAAUAUCGAUCUUAGGUGAUUUAAUUGAAGGAAAAACAGUGUUGCCAAUUUACAAGAAUCGCCACUGUCUGAAUCAGCAGAGCACUCUUUCGUUUCAUUUACCUCGGUAAAAUCGAUCUGUAUGUAUAAUUGUAUAGUUCUCAUCUCUUUAAAAUUAAAAUACCUGUAACAGAUGAGAAAAUAUGAGAGAAGAAACACUGUUUACUUGUUGAAUGAACCAUAACUUAUUUAUUGUAAAUUGCAUUUGCUUAAGUACAGAUGUGAAUGAAUAUAUCCUUGUCUCCUCUGACAACGAUAUGUAUGUAUUUCAUAAGUUCAGAAUUUAGAUGGAAAGUGUCCGUGCCUCUGCAGGUCCUCUGCCAUGGACAUGUAAGAAUUAAGGAUUCGCUUGUAAGUGCCAAAAUUGUUCUUCACGCUAAAUUAUCAUCACUUAUCGAGAUCAUGAAUCUUAUAGUAGGUACAUACCACCUAGUUUUACGUUUGUCAGGUACAUACGUGGAUGUAUGUUUUCGCAUACUGUAUGGUGUUAGAUAUCUUGUUUGUAAAUUUUCACAUUUCUUUUUUUUCCAGUAUUUUAAGAGAUUUUUUUUGUCAUCUUAGGUUCCCAAACUGAUCAUGUAAGUCAUUAUGGUAGAGUGGUGAAGUCAAUCCUAACUUACUUAUUUGUGGAUUUUUAAUGAGCCUCACAGGUGAUCAGUCAAGGGAGUUAGUGAAGAUAUCAAACUUUAACUCAAAUUCCUAAACUUACACUUUUAUAAUGCUUUGAAAAUUAAUAAUUUUUGGCACUUAGUUCACGGAAAUUUUUUCAAAAUAAAAGACCUUUAAAACAAAAAUACACUAAUGCAAGCUGGGUCAAUCCUUUUGUCGAAGGAAAAUAAAGUAUUGGUUUUGUUUUUCCACAAGAAUCAAGUGAACCCAACACUCUUCUAUUAUCCUGUUCCAAUUGAAUAAUUAAGGUCGGUCGGCUGAAAUAUUUUUAUCCAUGGUGGGUCUUAAAUGGUGGUUGCUUUUAGUAGAAACUGAGUCUCCCCAUUGUGCAAUGAACACUGAAGCUCUUGUGCUGAAUGCAUUGAGCUGAAAAUGUAUGUAAAAGUCUCAAGUGUUGAGUUUUUUUCCUCCCCUUUCACCCUGUUUUUCUACUUCAAUUAUAGCCGCUGACUUUUUCCUGAAAUGAUAACGUUCAAAGGAAGCCAGUUUUUGUCUCUCACUGUAACUCGUGCAAUACCAAUCCAAGUUCUUUGUAAAUGACUUACAAGUACAACAAAUGUUAAAUAUUAUAUGAUACCUCAAGUUAAUAGUAGAAGUUUCCUAGACCGAGAGCCUUUGCCCCUUAUCUGAAUGUGAAAAAUUUCUAUUCAAAGAUUAAAAUUCACAUUAUUCGUACGGAUCUUCUCACUUAUCCUUAAAUCACGUUUCAUUCUGUUCUAACUUUGUAAUGAUAAUUUUUAAACUCAUUUCAUCCCAUUUCUCUCUUCAAGUGACCCUUUUUAUUAUAAAUUUAACGAAUUAUUACUAUUUCUUUUUAUUUCAUUGGUUUUCUAAGGAUUUAUGCCAGAUGUAUGCUCUCCUUGUUUUCCUCUUAAAAUUUAAUUAUUAGAGUAGGGUACUCAAAUUCUUUUGUUGAAGAUUUACCUGUUACAAAAAAAGUGCUUUUAUUCACCAAUAAAUAAAGUAUAUUUGUGUAA